CCGUAGUUUAAAUCCUCGCGACCUCUGACUUCAAACAAACUUCUCUACUUCCUGCUCGCUCUUCGGCUCUCAAAGGCUAUGAAAAGGCAAUGUUCUUAAAUCAAAACCAGUAUAUUUCGACUGAUUUGGAUUAAAUUGGAGCGCAAAAUGAGCUGGAUUCCUUUCAAACUCGGACAACCGAAGAAACAAAUCGUUUCAAAAACAGUUGAAAGAGACUUUGAGCGGGAAUAUGAGAAGCUCCAAAAGUUGGAAGAACAGACAAAGAAGCUUCACAAAGACAUGAAGAAAAGCACAGAGGCUGACUUAGCAAUGUCCAAAGCAGCUGUGAAGAUCUCAGGGGACUUGUUGGGUAAUCCACUGUGUGAGCAGGAUCAGGCCUUCUUGGAGUCUAUGACCGCUCUAGAUACAGCCAUGAAGAGAAUGGAUGCGUUCAAUCAGGAAAAGGUCAAUCAGAUUCAGAAGACUGUGAUCGACCCUUUGAAAAAGUACAGCAGUGUAUUUCCCAGUCUGAACAUGUCAGUGAAACGAAGGGAACAAGCUCUUCAAGAUUACAAGAGACUCCAGUCGAAAGUGGAGAAGUAUGAAGAAAAAGAGAAGACUGGGCCUAUCAUGGUCAAACUCCAUCAGUCCAGGGAAGAACUGAAGCCCGUCAGAGAAGAGUUUGAGGCCAAGAACAAGCAGCUUUUGGAUGAGAUGCCGAAGUUCUACAACAGUCGCAUCGACUACUUUCAGCCCAGCUUUGAGGCGCUGAUACGAGCUCAGGUUGCCUAUUUUACAGAGAUGCACACGAUCUUCACAGAACUGACCGAUCAGAUUGACCAGGGCGGGCUGACAGAUGAACAGAGAAAACAAGAGAACGAGUCCAAGCUGAACGAGCUGCGCUCUCUGUCCAUCGUGGCUGAUGACUGAUCUUGAAAACAAUCUGUGUCAUAUUCUCUGAUAUGUGACAAAGAUGUCUUCAUUUGUUGUUAAAGUGGACGUUUAAUGAUGUUUCUUUAAGACACGUCAAGCGGGGACGGAUUUUGUUACAUAUGUAUUUUUCUUUGUUUGUUUGGCCUGUUUUUAGAAGCUUGUUGUUUUUAAUCUUGUUCAUACAGAUGACGCAUGAAGGAACAGCUGAUGUCAUUUUUCUCAUGAAAUUGGUCGAUUCAGGAAGUCUUUGGAUCUUUUCCUCCUCAAGUUCCAUGUCUUGUUCAAAAAUUAGACCCUUUAGUCGAGUUAUUAUAUCACUACAGCUAAAGUUGACAUUCAGGCAGAUUAUAGAAAUACUUUACUGAAUAUCCUAAUAUUUUCUAAAUGUCAAGAGUUUAAAUGUUAAAACGUUUUUAAGUUGUUUUGUUGUCAUUAUAUGAAGGAAGUUUAGUUUGCUACUUGAGAUAUUUCCCCCCACCAUCUCUGGCUGUUUGUGUCAUCACAAAAUAAUGUAACACUGGAUCUUGCAGGUAAUUUAGACCUUUAAGGUUUUAGAAGAUGUAUUAAUGACAUGUGUAAAAUAUCAGUUAAGUAGAAUUGUCAAAACAGACAGAAAUCAUAUUUGUGUUACAACUUUUCAUUGCAUUAUACUCUGGCUCCCUCUACUGACCGAUAAAAGUCAUAUGACCGUGAUUUUAUUCUCAUCUCUGUUUGUAAACUAAUAAGGAAAGAUGUCUUUAUAAACACUAAUAGUUUAAAGCCAUAAUCCACAAGUACUGUUAAUAAUAUUUGCCAUUUUAGGACCAAUAAAUCAAGCCAUAUAUUUUAAUCAGUUUUGUUUUAACUAUCAAGAGGUAUCAAAAGCAAUACUGACAAAGUAUUUCUUUGUGGCAUUUCAUCAAGUUUAAGCUUCAUUGUUUUCACACUACUGGCUAUUAAUUUCUGACAUGGAGCAAAUAUUUAAAUUCAAGUGCCUUUGUUAAUUGUAUUGCCUGUUGUUGGUAGCCACACCAAGUUCAAGAGUUUUCAUCCCAGCAAGCACACAAACUCUUAACUAAACGUGUACCUUUAAUGAAUUGUCUGUCGUUUUGGAAAAACUGGUCUUCCCUAUUAAUAAGUGUAAGCUGUACUUUAUCUUUGUAUUUUGUUCUAACUUUAGCUCUGAUGAAUUAUUGUUAGAUUCUGAAUGUUUGGGAUUCUGUUCUACACAUUGAAAUCAUAGCCUGAUGUUUUAACAAAUGUGUUUAAUUCAAGUAUUUUUUUUGGUAGUAUGGAUUUCAAGGAUGAUUUUACUGCAAGACUAUUGUUUGUCAUAAAUAAACCUGUGUCAGAAUGUUGCAAACAUGA